AAACGAAAGGGUGUGCAAAACCAGUGAGCUCUGAGCUGAUCGGGAAUCGUACAAACUCUGCACAGACUGAAAAUUUUCCAGUCUGCGCAUGCGCAAAAUGGGGAAGUUUCGAAAUCUGCAUGACUUGGAGGUUGGCGGCUUGUGCGUUGUGACGUUGCGUAGCUUGGGAAGACCAAUGCAAAGCACAGUGUUUGCUUUGUCACUGAGUUUGUGAGCAAGGAGAAACAAUCGUAGAGACAGCUUUGUUUUGGACCUUCGAGUAUUCACUGGAUUCGGCUUACUGGAGUUCCUGAGCCCUUUGUGGCAUGGCUUCAACCUGGGGAGAUGGCCCUAACCGGCAACAUCUUUCGGCCCAGGCAAUGGACGAGAAGCGCAAGGAGAACGUGGCUUAUCAGUACCUUUGCCAUUUGGAGGAGGCUCGUAUGUGGAUAUCCCGUUGCCUCGGUGAAGAAUUGCCUGCCGCUAUUGAGCUUGAGGCAGCCCUGACGAACGGAGUCAUUCUCGCCAAGCUCACUCACUUCUUCGCUCCAGAUGUCGUGAAGAAGAGCAAGAUCUAUGAUCCAGAUCUGGAAAGGUUCAACGCCACGGGUUUGCACUUCAAACACACGGACAACAUCAACUACUGGUUGACCGGCAUCAAGAAGGUCGGCUUGCCCGCCGUCUUCUACCCGACAACAACAGAUAUUUACGACCGCAAGAACAUCCCCAAGACGAUCUACUGCCUGCACGCACUUAGCGUGUACCUGCAUCGCUUGGGCAAAGCUCCUCUCAUCCAGGAUUUGGUCGGAGAGGUGGACUUCUCCCAGGAGGACAUCAACAACAUGCAGCGGGAGCUGGACGAGCAAGGCAUUCAGAUGCCCGCCUUCGGCAAGAUUGCAUCUCACUGCGAUCAGUAUGUCGAGAAGAUCCUCGAAAGCAUUGAGUCCGCUGUCGCUUCGAAUGACCAAGGCAAGCUGAUGGUGUCCCUUAACGAUCCCAUCUUUUCGCUUGCUGAAGUUAAGCAAGAACACGCGGCAUGCUACAUGUCAUCUCUGAAGAAAGUCGAGCCCCCUUUCACAGUUGAAGCUAUCGUGCAAGCAAUUGCGGAAGGCAACAUGUCUGAGGACGAGGCUCAACACAUGCAAGAGGUAUUCAGCAACCUUGCAACCGCUUUGGCUUCUGGAGACGGCGCUGCGCUGCUGGAGCUAAUGAAGGACAAGGCUUUUGAGUCUGCCAAUGUCAUCGAGGAGAACGUCGACUUCUACCUGAAGACACUUGCAGGCAACGAUGCUGCCUCUCUGACAGUGGACCUCGUUGUCGGCGGUGUCCGUGAUGGUAACCAUUCCGCUAAGGAAUUCAAGCGCAUGCAAGCUAUGCUUGCAGACGUAACGGAUGCCCUCGCGAGUGGAGACGAGGAGAAGCUCAUCGCAGCACUGAAGGACUCAGCGUUCGCUGCUGCUGAUGUGCAGGGCGAGAAUGCCAGUUACUACAUCACUGCACUGAAGACCGCCGAGUCACCACUGACUGUCAGUUCUAUUGUAGCUUCUGUUGCCGACGGUAAUCAAACCGCUGCCGCCUACAGGCACCUGCAAGCUGUGCUUGGAGAUGUUACGGAUGCCAUCGCAAGUGGAGACGAGGAGAAGCUUAUGGCAGCACUGAAGGACUCAGCGUUCGCUGCUGCUGAUGUGCAAGGCGAGAAUGCCAGUUACUACAUCACUGCACUGAAGACCGCCGAGUCACCACUGACUGUCAGUUCUAUUGUAGCUGCUGUUGCCGACGGUAAUCAAACCGCUGCCACCUACAGGCACCUGCAAGCUGUGCUUGGAGAUGUUACGGAUGCCAUCGCAAGUGGAGACAAGGCCAAGCUUAUGGCAGCACUGAAGGACUCAUUGUUUGCCGAUGCUGACGUGCAGGACAAUAACGGCAGUUACUAUGUAAAGGCACUGAGUACCGUUGAGGCACCGCUCACUGUCAGUUCUAUCGUAGCUGCUGUGGCCGAGGGAAAUGGCACAGCCGAUGUCUACAGGCACUUGCAAGCUAUGCUUGGUGGUGUGACGGAGGCCAUCGAAAGUGGAGACGAGGAGAAACUGAUCACCACGUUGAAGGACUCCGUGUUUGCCGAUGCCACUGUGCAGGACAAUAACGCCAGUUACUACAUCACUGCACUGAAGACAGUCGAGGCGCCGCUUACUGUCGAUGCUAUCGUAGCUGCUGUGGCCGAGGGCAAUGGCUCUGGUGAUGUCUCCAGGCAUUUGCAAGCUAUGCUUGGUGGUGUGACGGAGGCCAUCGAAAGUGGAGACGAGGAGAAACUGAUCACCACAUUGAAGGACUCGGUGUUUGCCGCUGCUACUGUGCAGGACAAUAACGCCAGUUACUACAUCACUGCACUGAAGACCGUCGAGGCGCCGCUCACUGUCAGUUCUAUCGUAGCCGCCGUGGCCGAUGGUAAUCAAACCGCUGCCACCUACAGGCACUUACAAGCUAUGCUUGGAGAUGUAACAGAGGCCACCGAAAGCGGAAACGAGGAGAAGCUCGUCACAACACUGAAGGACUCAGUGUUUUCCGCUGCUGAUGUGCUGGGCGAAAACGCCAGCUACUACAUCAAGACACUGAAGACCGUGGAGUCCCCGCUGACCGUCAGUUCUAUUGUAGCUGCUGUCGCCGAUGGCAACCGCUCUGCCGGUGUCUACAACCACUUGCAAGACAUGCUGUCCGCUGUUGCCGCAGCCAUUGCUGGCCUUGACGGUCAGAAGCUGCUUGAGCUCCUGAAGGACUCUGUCUUCUCUGCCGCCAACGUCAUACCAGAGAAUGUCCGCUUCUACGUGAAGAACCUGAAGAAGGCACCUGCUGGUUCUCUGACCGUGAACUCCAUUGAGGAAGCUGUCAAGGACGGUAACCUUGAGGCCGAGGCAAUCAAGGUCGUCAUCGCUGCCGUGAACGCCAAGGACAAGGACCAGCUGCUCGAAGCCCUGAAGCACCCCUUGUUCAAGGACAUUAGCGUCCGCGAGGACAACGUCGACUUCUUCCUCGCCGCCUUGGAGAAGACUGGAGAGGACCUGACCAUCGAUGACUUGCGUGCAGCUGCCCAGCUGGACAACAUCGCCGCCAACAUGAGCUCUGGAAAGGGCUCCACCGCUCAGAUCAGCUCUCUGCAGAAGUUCCUCCAUCUGCUCGAGGCCAACGAGAGGGAUUACGAGGAAGAGAAAGAAAUCCAAAUGCUCAAGCAGGCCGUUGUUAGUACCAUUCGUCAACAGCAGGAACUCGAGGAGAACUUGAACAUCAUGGACAUCAAGAUUGGCCUGCUGGUCAAGAACCGUUUGGACCUGGACGACGUCGUCCACCAGCAGUCCAAGCUGAAGAAGAAGGGAGCGCUCGGCGGCCCCUCCAAGGGUCUCAAGUCGCUCAGUAAGGAGAGCCGCGCCAAGCUGGAGGGCUACCAGCACCUGUUCUACUCCCUGCAGACCAACCCCAACUACCUUGCUCGCCUGAUUUUCCAGAUGCCCGGUGGCCGCACGACGCGUUUCAUUGAGAACGUCAUCUUCACGUUGUUCAAUUACGCCAGCAACCAGCGUGAGGAGUUUCUGCUCAUGAACCUCUUCACCAGUGCUUUGGAGUUGGAACUCAAGACAAUGGACAACAUCGAGGAUAUCACCAAGGGUAACGCUACUGUUAUCAAGAUGGUGAUCACCUUCAAUCGUGGUGCCCGCGGUGUCAGCUCCCUUAAGGAGCUUAUUCUGCCGCUGGUCGAGCGAAUCAUCAACGACAAUGAUCUGAGAAUCAACGUUAACCCCGUCGACAUCUACAAGUCCUGGAUCAACCAGAAGGAGUCUGAGACUGGAGAGUCUUGUGGUAUGCCAUACGAAGUCUCCACUGAGCAGGCCCUGUCACACCCUGAGGUGCAAGAGCGCAUCAUGAAGACAGUCGGCGUACUGCGUGGCAUCACCGAAGGAUUCGUCACCAAUCUGACGGAGAGCGUCACCAAGAUCCCCUAUGGUAUCCGCUACUUUUCCAUGCGCAUGCGACAGGCGCUCAGCGAGCAGUUCCCCGGUACCAGCAAGGAAGACAUUCUCAAGAUCGUCGGCAACUUGCUGUACUACCGUUUCAUGAACCCCGCUGUGGUGGCUCCCGAUGCUUUCGACAUUGUGGAGCUCAGUCUCGACAAGGGUUUGACGGUGGAGCAGCGACGAAACUUGGGUUCCAUUGCCAAGGUGUUGCACCACGCCUCCGCGAACAAACUGUUCGAUGGAGAGAACUCAGCCCUGGCACCGCUCAAUGCUGUCAUCGAGCAGGCCCAUCAGAAAUUCCUGACAUUCUUCCAGAAGGCAUCAACAACUGAAGAUGCUGAGAGCCACUACAACCAGGACAAGUACGCUGAGGUGACCCAACUUGCUAAGCCAGUCGUCUACAUCUCAGUCAAGGAAAUCUGCAAUACUCACAAGCUGCUGCUGGAGCACGAAGACUCGAUCACAGACAACGAGGGUGACACGCUGCAUCGCCUGCUAAAGGACCUUGGCCCUGUGCCCGACAUCCACGAGAUUCUUGGUAAUGCGUAUGCCCACCCUGGUCCCUCGGUACCACAGGAGGUUGUCCAGCAGUGGGAGGAACGUGUAGCGGAAGGCGGCAAGUCUGAAAUCUCGCUGACCCUGAAGAACGCGUUUGACGUGACCGGCCAGGACGACAAGGAGAGCAUCCUGAACAUCUUCUUGCAGACCAAGCGAAUGGCAGCUGGCAUUCUGCAGGCGCAGCCCGGUGAGAAUCUGAAGGCCAUUCUCGACACAAAGCCAACAGAGGAGCAGGAAGCCAAGUACACCAAGAUCCAGGAGGCCAAGCGUCAGUUCGAGCUCAAGCAAGCGACCCAAGAAGCAGACCGCUCCGACAGUUCAACAGACACACGGCCAAAGGCUGAAGCAUCACCACUGCCUGUGUCCAAGGUCCUGGCGCUGAAGGACGUGAAGGAAGGACUGCGCUGCAACUUGGCCAUCCUAGAGAAGGAAGGCCUCUGCAAGGCAGCCGACAACUACCAGGAUAUCCUCAACUCCAUGGCCAAGGAUAUUCGCAACCAGCACAGACAUCGGCAGCAGCGUAAGAAGGAGCUCGAGGGCAUGAAGCACACGCUGGCCGCACUCGAGGAGAAGGGCAAGUACUACGAGGAUCAGAGAGAGUAUUAUCAGCUGUACGUCGAUGCCUGCCUCUCCAAUCUGACCAAGCCCAAGAACAAGAAGAGUGUUGUGCGGAAGACAGUCAAGUACAAUGCUGCCAAGCUGCAUGAGAAGGGUGUCCUACUGGAGAUCGAGGGUCUCAGCUCUGGACAGUUCAAGGGUGUUUCGUUCGAGAUUGAAUCCGGUGACACUGGCAAGUUCAACGUAUACGCCAAGUUCAUGGGCGUUUCCAUGGAGAAAGUUGAGCUUGUGUUUGAGGAACUGCUUCAGCUGCAGUACGAGGGCGUGUCCGUCUUCAAGAUGUACGGCUGCGCCAAGAUCAACGUCAAUCUGCUCGUCUUCCUCAUCAACAAGAAAUUCUACGGCACAUAGGCGUCCGCUGCGCCCAGUAGCCCGCUCCCUUGUCGUCUUCCGUUGCCGUCUGCUGCUUUCUGAAGCACUGUGCUUCAUUCGCAAGUAUUUGUGGUGGUUGACUUCUAGCCGGCCGAUGAUAUUUUGGCAUUGUUUGAUGUCCCGUUGUUGCCACCACUUCUGCUCCACUUAGACUGUACAUGUAGAUCUAUGCUGUUUUUUUUGCUGUAUUAUAUUUAUAUCUGGCGUUUCCUUGAAGAUUGCUUCGAAAAAUACUCACGUCUCUCCGCUGUGUCCUCCUCCUCACUACAUACUUGACGUAUGUGUCUAUGUUUCGUAUUCUUCCCCAACAGAGCUUGCCCUUUUCUCACUGGCAAUAUUUGCAGUGUUGUUUCCCUUGCCUAGUUGCGUGCUUUUCUAGCUAGAUGCCAUGAUGCCUUUUUUGUUUGUUUGUAUUAUUUGCUUGUCCGUUUUUUUCUGCCCAAAUUCCGUUUUUUGCUCUUCGUGCUCAUCGUCUGGCAUGUCGGUGGUCGUGUGGUUGCGUACAAUGCCGUUUGUUUCGUGCUCCCAGCCAUUCUGUGUUUCUUUUGGGCAUUGUUGUCGUUGUCGUUUCCUCCCAUGUUCCUAUCGCUGGCGGUCGUCUCAUCCUCGUUGUUGUCAUAGUUGUAGUAGCUGUUGUAUUUGUUUUAGUUGGUAGUCGGCUGUAUCUACAGUUGGCGCUGUGUAGUUUUUAUCCUGUGACAUACUUUCUCUCUUUCUCCUUCUCGGUCUCUCUCUCUCUCUCUCUUAUUCUCCCUCUGUUGAUCACUCCCGUCCUUCCGGCCCUGCGCCGUGCUUCUCAGCAUUGUCGAUUCUUUUCCUAGUCUGGCUGGAGUAGAUCGGAGAAAAUGGUUACGAACGGAAGAAACGUAAACAGGAACAACCAA